AUGACUGGUCGUGGAAAGGGAGGUAAAGGAUUGGGAAAGGGAGGUGCAAAGCGUCACAGGAAGGUACUUCGUGAUAACAUCCAAGGUAUUACAAAACCAGCAAUUCGUCGCUUAGCUCGUCGUGGCGGUGUUAAGCGUAUAUCUGGUUUGAUUUACGAAGAAACUCGUGGCGUUUUGAAAGUUUUCUUAGAAAAUGUCAUUCGUGAUGCAGUUACAUACACAGAGCACGCUAAACGAAAGACCGUAACGGCCAUGGAUGUCGUAUACGCUCUGAAGAGGCAAGGACGUACUUUGUAUGGCUUUGGAGGUUAAAACGCAAAACAGUUUUGAUUUGCGAUUAUCGACCAAUAUCGAUCAAAACGGCCCUUUUUAGGGCCACAAUUUUCUCUCAACUUAAGAACACUCGUUCAACUUCAUUUCAAAUGUAUUUUGAUCAUAUUAUUUUGCAGUACAUCUAUGAAAAUUAUCCUAUGUAGCAAGUUAUGUAAUUUAAAAUACUAGUAAAAGUUUAUACUCAUUCUCUUCUUUAGUAGUGAUUUUUUACUCAUUGUAGUAAAAGAGUUCAAGUUUAACUACUAAAAGUUCAUUUAUUCGGGUAUUAAUUUCAGUUUGGUUUGAAUAAACAGUUUCGUUAUAUUAAUAUAGAGUUGGUCACUAAAAAACUGAAGGGUUUGAAAAAGUCAUAA